AUGAACAACCUGAUUUCGACUCUUCAAUACUCUAAAGCGAACCUUCACGCCUGUUCGGUCGAAUUUCCGGAUCCUAUAGCGCAACCAAACCCGAUAACUAUUCUCAGGGAACCGUUCACUAGUCAAGUGUCAUUUUACAAGCAUAACAUCAACAUCUUAGUCUCACUCCUGAUUGACUAUAUUGGAAUCGGAGUUGACGAUGUUUUACGCGUAUUCGAGAAAACUAUUACCGCUAGCAGAAUUGUGUUAUUGAAUACGAUGAAAAAGUAUUUCAAUUACAUUAGUCUUUGUGGAUGCAGUAUUCCUAAAGUCACCCCCAAGCCGAUUGGGAGAAGCUUAGCAAAACUUCGUCGACGAAAAGUUUUGGAUGAUGAUGGAGAACCGUUAUAUUCAAAUAGUAUUAUUCCUCAUACUGUACCAAGUGGGAUUAUAAAAGUACCUUUUUGUAUUAGUAAUGAUCUUGAAAUUAGGAAUUUACAGUUGUUGGCUAGUGUUUUUGGUGCUAAACAAGAUUCUGGUGAAAUUAUUGUUUCUCCAGUUACCGGGUGGUAUGUUACUGAGUAA